GCCGCGCGCCACCGGGGACCACAGCCGACCUCAGUGCAGGGGCGAGGCGGGAUUUUCCAACGGCCUGCGGUCGCGGCCGCGAUCAAGCAGCUCCCGGAACUCAGAGGCGGGGCGCCCAGGUGGAGGAGCUCAAGCCCUUAGCACGCUGGGAGGGGCGCCCCAGACCAGGAACAUUCUGGAGCCAGAGCAUCUGGGACAGGGCGUGCCCCCCACAGAGGAACACCGCAGACUGGGAGGAUACCCCCCAGUCCUUAGAUCCCACCGGGAGCAUCUUGGAUUGGCGCAACCCAGACCUGGAACACUCCUCGCCAUCCAGCAGUGCCCCACCUCCAGCACUGCAGACACCGCCGGGCAGCGUCCCACCCACCGCCUCCGCGGCGGCCAGAAGCUUUUUCUUUCUUUUUCUUUUUUCUUUUCUUUCUUUCCUCCAACCUUCUCUAGUUGCCUUAUAUCUUUAAUCGCACUUGCGGCUCCUCGCUUUCGUUUCGUGUUUCACAGUGCCGGGGAGGCGGCGAUUGAAGUUUCUCACCUGGUUUUUGAACUCUUGCCUCCGUCGCUGAGGCCACCAGGGUGGAGGAGGGAAGGCCUCCCCCGCGCCAGCCUCGGGGACUCCCCUCUGAAGAGAAACCACUCAAACCAAAUAUGCAUCAUAUAGUAUGGAUCCUAAAUAUGCAUCAUAUAGUACUGCUCUUGAUACUUUUGGCGCUUAUGUUUACAAGCACCUCAGAAACCUGUAUUUCACGUCAUCACGUCACUGCAAUUGAAGGGGAAUCUUUCUAUCUGAGAUACUGCUCAUCAGCAUCUGAGCACAAUAAUGAAACAACCACCAUCAAGUGGUACAAGAACAAUGGAUCACAUGGACACACUGAGCUAAACUCAAGAAGUUCACCCAGAAUUACUUUGCACGAUUAUAUUUUGGAGUUUUGGCCAAUUGAGUUGGAGGACAGUGGAUCUUACAUUUUCCAAAAGGGAAAUAAUACUCAUAAAUGGAAAUUAAAUGUCAUUGGAAGAAGUAAAGACAGCUGUUUUGCUGAAAAACUACUAACUAGUAAAACCAUAGAAGUUCAGAAAUCUUUGCAUGUACCCUGUAAAAAUGACUACUAUCAACCAUUGGCCAAUAGAACAGCAUUGUAUAAGGACUGUAAAAAGAUAAAGGAUGGUAAAAGCCCAGUUUUACAGAAGAAUGCAGAGUUUAAAGAUCAGGGAUAUUACACCUGUGUGUUUUUCAUCCCUCAUAAUGGAAAACUGUUUAAUGUCACCAAAACCAUCAAUAUCACCAUUGUUGGAGAUCGCAGUAAAAUAAUUCCUGUUCUUCUUGGACCAAAGAUUAACCGUGUGAAGGUGGAAUUAGGAAAAGAUGUAGAACUCAAUUGCUCUGCUUUGGCGAAUGAAAGGGAUCCGAUUUAUUGGAACUUGUGGGACGAAAAUGGAAAGGAGCCCAAUGUACAUGAAAAGAACGUAACAAAAAUUAGGACUCCGGAAGGCAAAUUGUACGUGUCAAGAAUGUUGAGAAUUAAGAAUAUUAAUGAGAAAAAUCUACAAUUUUCAUAUAAUUGCACUGUGGCCAGUGAGGCAGGCACAGACACCGUGAACUUUGUCUUGUUGAAAAAAGAAGAUAUGGCUGACAUUCCAGGCUACGUCUUCACCAGAGGAAUGAUUGUGGCUGUUUUGGUCUCGUUGGUAGUUGUGUGCCUAGUGAUAAUAGGUGUCAUUUAUAGAGUUGACUUGGCUCUAUUUUAUAGACAUCUCAUGAGGAAAGAUGAAACGUUAACAGAUGGGAAAACAUACGAUGCUUUUGUGUCUUACCUGAAAGAAUGCGGACCCGAGAAUGGAGAGGAGCACACCUUCGCUGUGGAGAUUUUGCCCAAGGUGUUGGAGAAGCACUUUGGGUAUAAAUUAUGCAUAUAUGAAAGGGAUGUGGUGCCUGGAGGAGCUGUUGUUGAUGAAAUCCACUCGUUGAUAGAGAAAAGCAGAAGACUAAUCAUUGUCCUAAGUAAAAGCUACAUGUCCAAUGAAGUCAGGUAUGAACUUGAAAGUGGACUCCAUGAAGCUCUGGUAGAAAGGAAAAUUAAAAUCAUCCUAAUUGAAUUUACACCCGUGAGUGACGUCACAUUCUUCCCCCAAUCACUAAAGCUUUUGAAAUCUCACAGAGUUCUGAAGUGGAACGCUGAUAAACCUCUGUCGUAUAACUCAAGGUUCUGGAAAAAUCUUCUUUACCUGAUGCCUGCAAAAAUGUGCAAGCCUUGUGGAGCUGAAUCUGAAGUCUUGCCUGUUCUUUCACGGUCCUGAUCUUUAGAAAAGGCAAACGUAAGAAGGAGCUCUCCAUGCUCUGGGCCCGGGAGUGAAGGAGACUGUUUUUAACAAAGGGCACUAUUAAAAAUAUUCAGCUCUCUGAAAAUUCUACUGAUGGUCUGAAGAUGAAAGUCGUCACUAGGUUAGGACUAAACAUUGAGCUGUGGUCAUGUGCUCCCAGUGGAACCUGGAGUUCAAAAGCAAUGUACCUCCUGUUUCUUCCUCCUCCAUAACCGGCUACAGGUGCUCCUUCUCAAUCCUCGUUCAGCAAAUGUGAGGCUGACCAUGAAGCAAAGUAACUUAUGCCCUACAGAAAGGGCAGUCUUCAUGUUUUUAAUGCCCAUGAUUGAACUAAGGGUUUUAAGUUCAUGAAGUGGCAUUUUCUACGAGCCUGUACUGAAAUGGUGCCUUCACUCCCCCACAGUGCCUCCUACCUCCAAGCACCUUGGAUAGUCCCUGGGAUGUGGCAGAGAGCGGGUGGGGGCUGUGUGCAGAGUAGGGGCCCAAGGUGUGACAAGUCCUCAGCCUCAGGAUGUGUUCAGUGUGUCCUGACCACAGCUGCAGACCCACGUAAACUAGUUAUUGGAACCCCCCUAAAGCACUGCACAGGGCUUGCUUAGCUGGGCCUGUUUGGAGGGAACUUCCCCAUAGGCCAAGACACACAUCUUCGUUCAAAUCAUUCUCUGGGUCUUUCAAAAUAGCUCUGAAACAUUUGUUGAUUUCACAAACAGGAAUGUUUAUACAAAGGAUGAGUGCUGGGUCAGAUAUUCCGUGUGUGCCAUUAGCCACUACUCUUCAUUAGCAGGGGGGAUAAAAAGAUAGUUACUUGCUUGAUUAAAAAAAAAAAUGAUAUAUUUAAAAUGCCCUUAAGGGGGAGGCAGCAGGGCGUGGUUGUCGAGCAUGAUCUGUGCAGCCAAGAUGCUAGAGUUCGAAUCCUGUGCCAGCUACUUCUGCGGCCCCUCCAACCUUUUCUACCCGAUCUGUGUGUCAGUGUUCUUACCUGUAAAAUUGGAAUUUAGAGUAAUUGUGCCUACUUCAUAGGGGAACUAAAUGAAUAAAUAAAGACAUUACCACAGUUCUUGGCACAAAGUUAACAGAGCAUGCGUGGUAUUACUGUUCUUAUUAAUUGUCACAUUAAUUGUCAUUGUUAAUUGUUGGAUCAGUGAUUUAGCAGUGAACUGAAAUACUAGCCAGAGAGCAGGAAAAGGAAAGAGAUCUGGAAGGAAGGCAGUUUUGACUUGAGGACAUUUGUGCACGGAAAGAAACAUAUAAGAAAAUCAUAUCAAUAAGGCAAAAGAUAUUUCUUCAUUGCAGGCGUGAAACUUGACAUUGGAAGACAUGGGUCUGUCUCCCUCAAGUAAGCACAGCCCUGUGGGCUUUUUUGGUGGCCUCAGCAUUAAUGACAGUCCAUGGAAAUCACUGAGUGAGUGACAAAUAUCCACUUUACACAGAAAGGAAAGAUUUGCUUAGAUUUGGAAGCCUGGUUGGACUAUAUGGAUGCAGCAUGAAUGUUCCGUACAGGUUUAAAGCAGAGACUGUUUAAAACAGCUGUGGUAAAUAUUGCUGAAAAGGAAAGAAUAUAUAAGAUUUUAUUAAAUUUUCAGUGUCAGAAAGCAAAUUGCUUUUUGGAGAGCUUAAAACUUUGUGUGCUGGUUGGAUGGCUAAAAAAGUCAAAAGAAUGGAAUUAUGUGUGAAAACAUACGGUCCAAAGAAGUUUUAUUGCUAUCAUCAGAGUCUCUAUUAUGUAAACUUAUUUGCUUUGCUUUUGUAUUAUAUGUGUUAUAAAAUAUAUUAAGUGUGUUAUUAUUAAGUUUUGUAUUAAGUGUGUUAAAUGAGCACAUUAAAUGUAUCCUCUAAAAGACAUUAAUAAACCUUUGGGUCCAGUUCCGUUACUUUUAAAA